AUGCCCAGCCAAUACAUCCACCUCACGAACGCUGCCCUCUCCCUUGAUCUCGCAGCGGAGACGGGGCGCUCAACGGUCUUCAUCACAUACAAUGAGACCGCGUGGCAAAGCCCUUCUGGGUCGCCCCCAUUGAUUGCGCCGCUUCCAGGGCGAUUUUCAUUGGUGUCAUUGAAAGGCGGGAGUAAGGAGCAAUGCUUACUUGAUCUCAUCCUCGAGAGGGACCAGCGGGUGACCUUCGAGGUUGACGGCGAAAACGACGUGUGUCUCUCUGGCAAUCUCGUUGUGAUCGAAGAGUUAGAGGAUAUCGGCUCGGACGAUCCAUUGGCUACUACACCUACAGGGAAUACUCCCCUCCCUCGACCGGCCCAUAGACCCCAAAAUGGCCAGAACCAUGCUGAUCUCUCGGUUAGCAAUAUAUCAUCCUUGUCUACACCUACGCAUACGUCUUCAACCACCACCUCUUCCGCGUCUAAGAAAAGCAGUAAAUCCGCCAAGGCUCGCAAACAGAGAGCUGUAGAGAUCACUGAGUCCGUUGUUGGGAAAGGUCAGGAAGUGAAGAAGGGCGACAAGGUGGCCAUAUUCUUCUUGAUCACUGCUGCCGCGACCAAGGAACGAAUAGCUAUGGUGGAACGUGAGAAUCAGAGCUCACUGCCGCAUACAGUUGUGGUAGGGUCAGAGUCAAUGGUGCCAGGAGCGCACACUGGGUUGAUAGGCAUGAAACCGGGAGGCAUUCGUGAUGUAUUUGUACCGGCACAUCUUGCUUACAAUCUCAAUCCGCACAAGGGGAAGGAUAUUAAUAUGACAUUUGAGCUGGUAGAAAUAAUAUCAGCACGCGGAGAUGAGUAG